AUGCCGCGCAAAGCUAUUGACUCGCGCAUCCCCGCGCUCAUUCGAAAUGGUAUCCAGGAGAAAAAACGAAGCUUCUUCGUCGUCGUCGGCGAUCGCGCUAAGGACGCAAUCGUCAACCUCCAUUGGAUCAUGUCUGGCGCAGACGUGAAGCAAAACAAAUCCGUGCUUUGGGCAUACAAAAAGGAUUUGAUCGGAUUCAGCAGUCAUCGCAAGAAACGAGAAGCCAAAAUCAAAAAGGAAAUCAAACGGGGCAUUCGAGAACCAAACUCCGAGGACGCAUUUGAAUUGUUUAUCAGCUUGAAUCAGAUUCGUUAUGUUUAUUACAAGGAGACCGAGAAGAUCCUGGGUAAUACUUAUGGGAUGUGUAUCUUGCAGGAUUUUGAAGCUAUAACGCCGAAUUUGUUGGCGAGGACUAUUGAGACGGUUGAGGGUGGUGGCAUUGUCUUGCUGCUCUUGAAGGGAAUGAAGAGUUUGAAGCAGUUAUAUACACUAUCGAUGGACAUUCACUCGCGGUACCGAACGGAAGCUCAUGAUGAUGUCGUUGCACGAUUCAAUGAACGUUUCAUUUUGUCACUGGGAAGCUGUGAUUCUUGUCUUGUGGUGGACGAUGAAUUGAAUGUUCUUCCAAUCUCAGGUGGUAAGAACGUUGCGCCUCUUCCGCCGCCAAACCCCACCGAAGACAACAAGUCACCCGCGCAGAAGGAAUUGCAGGAAAUCAAGGAUAGUUUAGCAGAUUCCCAGCCGGUGGGGUCUCUAGUCACACUCGCCAAAACAGUUGACCAAGCGAAGGCUUUGCUUACUUUCGUCGAUGCUAUUGCUGAAAAGACACUUCGGAGUACCGUUACUCUUACCGCCGGUCGUGGUCGAGGAAAGUCUGCCGCCUUAGGUGUAGCUAUCGCCGCUGCUGUUGCCCAUGGAUACAGCAAUAUCUUCAUCACAUCCCCCAGCCCAGAGAACUUGAAGACUCUUUUUGAGUUUGUAUUCAAGGGCUUUGAUGUUAUGGGAUACAUGGAUCAUGUUGACUACACUAUUCUUCAGUCGACGAAUCCAGCUUUCAACAAAGCCAUCGUUCGUGUCAACAUUCAUCGGAAUCAUCGCCAGACUAUUCAGUAUAUCCAGCCUCAAGAUGCCUAUGCUCUCGGACAAGCCGAACUUUUGGUUAUUGAUGAAGCUGCAGCAAUUCCCCUACCUCUUGUACGAAAGCUUUUGGGACCGUAUCUGGUGUUCAUGGCCUCAACGAUUAAUGGCUAUGAAGGUACUGGUCGGUCGCUGUCAUUGAAACUCAUCCAACAGCUCCGCGAGCAGAGUCGUGGCGCCAGUCUCAAAGAUGCCGAUACUGAUAUUGCAGACCGCUCAACAGGCAAGUCAGCAAAGAAUUCAGAGAAAGGUAUCAUCGGUAGCAGAACAUUGAGAGAGGUUACACUGUCUGAACCGAUUCGUUACGCUGCGGGUGAUUCUGUGGAAAAGUGGCUCAACAAAGUUCUGUGUCUGGAUGCUACUCUUCCAAAGUCGAAGAUGAACACACAAGGAUGCCCACAUCCAUCGCAGUGUGAGCUGUUGCACGUCAACCGUGACACACUCUUCUCUUUCCACCCCGUGUCCGAAAAAUUCCUCCAGCAAAUGAUGGCCUUGUAUGUGGCGAGUCACUACAAAAACUCGCCAAAUGAUCUUCAAUUGAUGAGUGAUGCACCUGCCCAUCAGCUUUUUGUUCUAGUUCCUCCUAUCGAUGAGGAAGCUACAAAGCUUCCGGAGCCACUGUGUGUUAUUCAAGUUGCCCUCGAAGGUCGUAUUAGCCGGGAAAGCGUCAUGAACAGUCUCAGUCGAGGUCAGCGUGCCGGUGGUGAUCUUAUACCUUGGCUUGUUAGUCAGCAGUUCCAAGAUGAAGACUUCGCAGGAUUAUCAGGAGCUCGUGUUGUUCGUAUUGCUACAAAUCCAGAAUACUUGAACAUGGGCUACGGUUCACGCGCUUUGGAACUUCUUGUUGAUUUCUAUGAGGGUAAAUUUGCAAAUCUUUCAGAGGAUGUCUCGUAUGCUUCAGAAGAGAUGGUUCGAGUUACAGAUGAUCAACUCGAGAAUGCCAAUCUGUUGGAUGAUGAUGUCCAUGUACGAGAUAUUCGCUCUAUGCCUCCAUUGUUCGGUAAACUCUCUGAGAAGCGGCCCGACACACUUGACUACGUUGGCGUCAGUUACGGUUUGACACCGUCGCUACACAAAUUCUGGAAGCGAGCAUCCUUCAGCCCUGUCUACCUCCGUCAAACUGCGAACGAGCUUACGGGUGAACACUCAUGCGUCAUGCUCCGAGCAUUGGCUGCAGGAUCUAAUGAUAUCAGCUGGCUCAGUGCCUACACCAGAGAUUUCCACAAACGUUUCCUCUCCCUCCUGUCUUACCAGUUCAAGGAAUUCGCAUCUGUUCUGUCGCUUAGCAUUUGUGAGUCCGCUACCGCUGGAUCUAAGCUAGAUCCUUCAUUCUCGCCAUCACGCUUGACAAAGCCUGUGCUCGACGCCGCAUUCUCACCGUUCGAUCUCAAACGUCUUGACAGCUACGCAAAUAACAUGCUCGAUUACCAUGUCAUUCUGGACAUGGUUCCAACCAUCGCUCAGUUUUAUUUCCUAGGUAGCCUUCAAGGCAAGGUCAACUUGUCUGGUGUCCAACAAUGCAUCCUGCUCGCAGUCGGUCUCCAGCGAAAGAACGUUGAUGAAUUGGAGAAAGAAUUGAACCUACCAUCCUCUCAGCUUUUGGCUAUGUUCAUCAAGAUCGUCAGGAAGAUAUCUACCCAUUUCCGCGGAUUGCUUGAAGGCGCCGUCGCUGCAACUCUCCCCGAAAAGCUGAAUACCGUCGAUGCUUCCGGUGCCCAUGACGAUGUCAUUGAUGACAAGUUCCAACCCCUCGAAACCGGUCUAGAAGAAGAAUUGCGCGAAGGUGGAGAACAGAUUGAUAAAGAAAUGAAGGAGAAACAACGAGCCUUGAUAGACGCUCUCCCUCUUGACAAAUACGAGAUAAAUAACGGAACAGCUGGUUGGGAAGAGGCCGAGAAACAGAUUCGUAAAGGCGGUGCAGCCACUGUCAGUGUUAAGAGUACCAAGACUUCUAAGCGCAAGGCAGGUGAAUCCGCACGAGAGAUCUAUGAGCAGGAAAUCGAUUCCAAGAUUCAGAAGAAGAUCAAGAAGGGAACAGAGGGAAAGAGGAAGUGA